GCAGCUUGUAUUUAAUUAGAUGCAGGAUGAUUUGGUGGAAUUUUGAUCUUGAAGAGGGCUGCUUUAUAUCAGGCAUACAAUCUGAUUUUGGGUGGUGCUGUGUGGAGCCAGGAGUUUGACUCGGUGAUCUUUAAGAGUCUGUUCCAAGUUGGGUUAUUCUACGGAGAAGCCUCUCAGCCUUGAGCCAUCCUUUAGUAGGGACCUGUUGGUCUUUUGGAGUGAGGGAAGACGAAUCUCAAAGUAGAGAGUUACUGUGAAUCUUCACCUGUUGUAUUUCUGGGUGGAUCACCUCAGAGUGCAUUGUGUCUUGUAGCAUCGUUAGGGGAAUGGUGAAGUUACAAACUUUGGUGGGGGCAGCAUGUUAAACCUUUUGUUAAAAAGGACUCACUACGUGACAUUCCUUAUAAAUGUUCUUAAAAUAAAGGUUGCUGGACUGACAGAACUGUUAAAAUUUGUCAUUUGUGAGAUGGUACGGUUUGGAAGUGAACCAUCAAGGAUAGAAGAGAUCCAUAAGAUCACUAUGAAAGAGGACCAAAAGCAAACAUCAAUACAUUAGAGACAUGUGGAGAGGAGUUUUGCAGUUAAUUAGCAAGACGAGAGGAACCUGUGACUGAGUUCUGGAGGCUCUGAGUUUCUUUUUCUGGCUUUGAAGGUGUUGCUGCUGUGGAAGAGGAUCUGAACAGCGAGCUGAUGAACGAAGACAUUCGUAUCCAUAGCUGGCCUUGUUCUUACUACUUGGACACCAACAAGCAAUGGGUCUCUGGCAGACUCUUACUGACCCCUGUUGCGAUCAAAUUUACAGCUGACAAGACUGGGGAGGUUUUGGUCAACUUCCAUCUUUCUAGUAUCAGUGAGAUCAAGAAGGAAUCAUCGAAUUUAAUUUUCAGCUCUCUUACCAUCUUGGAGAAGAACACCAAACACUGGUUCAGUUCUUUGCAGCCCAGCAGAAAUGCGGUGUUCAACAUCCUGGAGCACUUCUGGAGGGAGCGGUUGCUGUCAAGUGAAGGUGCAGGAGCAGAAGCAGCAGCCUUGCAGACAACAAAAGGAAAGGAACUGACCGGGUUGUUGACUGGGUCGCAGAAACGGCUGGAGGAUACAGCAAAAGUGCUGCAUUACCAGGGCGAGCAGUUUGAUAACAUCAUGAGAGGACUCAACAAGAUCGAAGGGGAUAUGGAUGUGGCAGACAGGCUGUUGACGGAACUCGAAUCUCCUUCUUGGUGGCCAUUUAGCAGCAAGCUCUGGAAAGCACCCUUGGAAACGAAGCCAAAGGAAACUGCCACAGUUUCCGAUUUGAAGAACCAGGAAGGAAUCAUAAUUAGAAUUCCAGUUAUUAUCACCCACAGAACAGACUCAAAUGUGAAGCCAGGAAAACUCACGCUCUUUGCUUCUGGCCUGGAAAUCAGUGACUGCAAUUCUCAGGUCAUUCACCGGUUUGAAUCGAAGGAUGUGGAUGAUAUCAAAGUUCACACACCGUAUGAAAUCAGUGUCCGUCAGAGGUUUAUUGGAAAGCCUGACACCUCUUACCGGCUCUUGUCAGCAAAGAUGCCAGAAGCAAUCUCUGUCUUAGAGAUGCAGUUUAGCAAGAAGAUACAGUUUUUAGAAGAUGCCCUCGGAUUUGUUGGUGCCAGGAAGUCUCCUCAGGUAGAUUUUGGCACUUCCAUUUGGCAAGCAGCCACAGGACUCUUGGGAGGAGUGGUGCAGCCCAGCUCUCCAGUGGGAGGCAGAGAAGGAACGGACAGUGACCAGGUUCAACUGCAGAAGCAUGAGAAGAUCUCUCAGGAGGAGGCAAAAGAGCUUAAACAGAUACUGAAGAAGUUGAAGAGCCUCGCCUUGGAGACAGAGGCAGAACUGGAGAGACAGGAUGAAGCUCUGGAUUCCAUCACUACCUCCGUCGACCGUGCGACGCUGAAUAUCGACAAGCAGAACCACAGAAUAAAGAAGCUGACGUAGCACCCACAGGAACCAGUGGGGACGGCAUCACGAGGAAGAGGGGAUCAGGGAAUUGUCUUUUUAAAGACUGUUUCUGUGUAGACACUUUGUGUGGGAGCUGCUUGCGAUGUUGUCUGGAGCGCGGCACGGUUGACGUCAAGUUUCUGAGAGUUCUGAACGCGUCUCCAGACUUGGACGAUGAUGGUUGGCUGUUUCAGGAUGGAAAAAGGCCAAAUGUUUUAAUCACGGUGAAACAAUGAGAGUGGAUCCUUGACUACAGAAAAUCUGUAAAUACAAAGGGAUGUGAUUUCAUCUGAAAGAACUUUUAUGCUGCUUUUUACGUUGUUGCUUCUGAAAGGUUUGUUGUUGUUGUUGUUUUUUUUACUGCAACAAAGGAGGGAGAAAUGAACUGCAUGACUACUUUAGAUGAUUACAACCUAUUAAUUCUCUAUUCCUUGCAAAUAGUUAAUAGCUGAACUGAGGGCCAGAUGUCAGACCGCAAGUCAUUGAGGCUUUUUUGUGUGUGUGUGAGUUAAUGCUGAGGUGAGCAAAUGGUGGUGAUAAAACCUUGUGUUCACUGAAUGAGUAGUUUUAAUAAAUUUCAAACGUAUUUUUAAUGUGCUCAGAAAUUUUAUAAGAAUAAUUAAGGAUUAGUGGCCACAGCUGUUGUGCCAUGUCCAGGGAAAUCAAGGGAAGAAUUUUAGUUAAUAUGCAUGCAUUGGUGCAGACAUUGACUUUCUGAAGUAUUUCUUUCCCAUUGGAUGAAUAUUUUGCUUACUUACAAGCAGUAAGUGUCAAAGUUAAAUAUAUGCUGCUUCUUUCCAAAGAGGGGUUGCUGAUCUUGAUGAACACCUACACCUUUUGCUUUAUUUUUCACCUUUGUACCUCAGAAUUAAUGAAGGAAUUGAUUCUGGAGUAGAGGAAGGUAUUUUUUCAUGGAUGGAUUUAUUCAGAGCAUCUCCUGUAGUUCACUGUGUGUAUUGCUGUCUUGCACAUAGUGGUUUUAUAUUUUUGGUAAAGGUCUGAUGGAUUCAGUGUCCUCAGAACAUCAUGAACAUAGCAUUCACUUAGUGUGGUGCCUGCUUACUUUGUUGGACUUGGGCUGCCACGUCUGACGGAGGCUAGUGGAAGGCAUCGUGCACCUUUGCAUCUCUACCUUCAGUUUCCAGGAAUCUCCCAUGCACUUUUCUCUGACUCUGAAAACUUCAUGUGUUCUGGGGAGCAUCGUCUGCUUUUUGUGCGUCUGCUCCACGUUCAUAGGUUGAGAGGCCAAUGGCUGGAACCACAGGCACCUGCAUAUCAUUUUGCUGUUGUGCAUCUGUCUGCCUUCUGAUUAUUAUUUAUUUGCACUAACUGGUGAUGAAACAUUUCAAGACUUCUUCUGCAUUUCUAAAAUAAAAGGCAAUCUUGCCAAUUGUUGUCUAGUAGAUUUUGUUUACAGUUAGCUCCACUGAGUCUACAGGACAGCGGAGACGUUUUCCUAACUUACUGGAUACUGUAUUGGAGGGAUUCUAGGUAAAGCCUUUGACAGAGUAUUUGAAAGGCAGGAUUGCUUUUCACCUCCCAUUUCAUUGAAUCCUGCUGUUGGCAAGCUAUUUUCAUUCAAAAGAGCUGUUGUAAUCUCUUCUUUUUCUCCCCCGAGUGUUUUUGUAUUAAAAAUAUCUUCUUGUAUUGCUCUCAAAUACAACCUGCAAUAUUUUUAAGUAGUGAAGCUUUGAACUGUUUAUUCUACUGAUAGCUGAUGUGAAAAUUUCCUGUUUCAGAGUAAUUCAGCCUACUUUAUAAAGAAAUGCACAGUAGAUCAUGUAGAGUAUGUUGUUUUCAAGACCUUACUCUACCUUGUUUUGUAUUGCUUCAUAUUAGCUUAUUAGUAUUGGAGGAAGUCGUGCUUCUGCACUGCAAGUCCUUCAUGUACAGUCAAAGUUGUUACUGGCAUGCACUUUAGCUAUUUGCUGAAUAUGGUGAUUAUAUAUACAUACACCGUGUCGUGUGAAAUGAAAUAUUGUCUGGGAUUCUCUUUCUUGUUUGUUUCUGAUACCUAAAUCACUGUUGUUUUACUGUGAAGGUAUGUUUACAUAACUAUGUUACGAAUUUAAAAACACACUUUGCACAAAAUGUAUGUUAACUGACCCUGGUGCUGACUGGGAAUGGAUCUGUACACUGAAUUAGUUUAGAUCAAGACUGCCAAAAGCAAAUGCCAAUUACACCACAUUUAGCUUAGCAUUCUUUGUGCCAUAUUUUUACUGAUGUAAUUUUUAUCAUGAGCUGAUGCAUCUGAUACCCUGUCUGUGAUUUGUGUUAGUCUGUGUCCGUGCUAAAACAAAAUGGUAAUAUGAUUUGUAAGCAGUGAUCCAUUCUAGAAACGUACAUGUACCUCCUAGCUGAGUUUCAAAUGCCUGGAGGAGUUUCACUCUGUAAUUUAUUAAAUAUAUUGGACUGGUA